AUGAAGGAUGAGGAAACGGAGGCCCAGGGAGGGCAGAUGGCUUCCCCGGGGAGCCGUGCCGAGAACCAGCUGGAGGCAGGAAGCCUGGAGUUCAGAGCCCACCAGCUCCUCGAGGAGGAAGGCUGCGUGAAUGUCACUCGCGACACCCAUCUGAUGCGUGCCAUCCACGUGGAUGCUGUGCUAGAUGCUGCGGCGUGGGGACCAGACGCUGUCCUUGGCUGCAAGACACGAGCUCCGAGAAGAAGUCGUUGCCAGUUUUAUCCCUCCCUUGGCAGGAGCCGCCUGGCUGACCCAUCCCUUGAGACGGGCGACCUGGACCACGGCAGCCGUCAGGCACACUCAGCCUUGCUGGGCGUCGCUGUUCACCAGGAUUUCACAAGGCCCAGAGCACAGGAUGUGAACAGGAAACCGCUCCUUCCUGCUGGGGCAACACCCCAGAAAUGGAUGGAGAAAGCCGGUGGCCAGCCUCUCUGUUGGGGUCGGAGUCGAGAGGAGGGAAACUCAGAGAAUAUCAGGUUUACAAAGCUUCUUGGUUUGAAACGACCAAGGACCCUCACCAAGCAACACUGGCCUCCCUGUGGACAUUCGUACCGAUGGGACACAGGGGCACGUACUGACGUUAUAACCCAGCAGUUCUGCAUGCCUGAAGCAAAGGUUUUUCACACUGAGCUUCAGCAAAUCACCAGAGUUCAGAUUUCCCGACCCCAGUACUGGCCUCUGCGGAAGUUUCUGCUCAAGAGGAAUAUGACAAAGGCAUACGAUACCGCAAAACAGAAAACAGCUGAAAACCGGAUGUCAGAGGAUACCGGCAUGGUUUAUUUUGAUGUUGCGAAUCGCUUAAUAGGACAAAUUGUAGAUAAAUCCUUGAUUUUCAACAUCAGGAUCAGCGAUGUGAACGAUCAUGCACCCCAGUUCCCUGAGAAGGAAUUUAACAUCAGUGUGAAGGAGAACCACACUGCAGGUGUUCAACCUAUUCUUCAGAUGUUAACAGUGGAUUUGGAUCAAGAAAAUACUCCAAAUUCUCAUGUCCCUUACUUCCUUGUUUCCCAAACACCGUUACUGAGAAAAAGUGCUUUCUGGAUUGACCGUAUUGGUGGAGAAAUACAACUGUCAGGGUGCUUAGAUUAUGAGACUGCUCCUCGGCUUGCAUUACUAAUCAGAGCGGAGGAUUGUGGAGGACCACCGUUGUCAUCCACGGCCACGGUUCACAUACGUGUGCGAGACGGCGACAACCACAUGCCACGUUCAGCCGGGACAUAUAACAUUUAGAUAGUGGAAGGCCGAGCCAGCCAGGGCGUGUUAUGUCUUGAGGUCCAAGAUGGUGAUUCUCCAUUUACGUCAGCAUGGAGAGUGAAGUUCAAUAUAUUAAAUGGCAAUGAAGAGGGACAUUUUGACAUCUUGACUGAUCCUGAGACCAAUGAAGGGAUUUUAAAUGUUAUCAAGCGCCUUGACUGUGAGACGCAGCCAGUGCGGAGCCUGGUCGUGGCCGUGGAGAACGAGGGGCCGCUCUUCUCCUGCGAAGGGGGCGGCUGCAGAGGCCCGCAGGCUGCGGCCAGCACCACCGUGAGUGUGCGGGUGGCCAGCGCCAACGACCCGCCCGCCUUCCACCCCUGGACCUUCACUGUCAGUGAAGUCAAUGGCGCUGGGCCUGGGACUCAGGUGGGAAUUUUUAAUGCUACGGAUCCGGACAGAACUGCCAGCCGGAUAAGAUACGAACUGGCUUAUGAUCCGGCAGAUUGGGUCAGUGUAGAUGAGCUCUCAGGGGCGGUAAUCACCAGGAAGCAAGUUGACCGCGAAUCCCCUCAUGUGAGUGACAGCUUUUACAUGAUCAUCACUCGUACUGUUGAUGAUGGUGUCCCGCUGCGGACGGGGACGGGGACCAUCCUGCUCUUCCUGUGAGACACCAACGACAACGCGCCCGCCCUCCGCCCACGGCCUCGAUACCUGGAGGUGGAGUCUGCAGGAGGCAAGCCCCUCCCCAUCGAGGCGGAGGAUGGGGACAAGGAGCCCUACUCCGACCCGUUCACCUUCAAAGUGGACAAUACCUGGGGAAACACAGAAGACACGUGGAAACUGGGGGAAAAUCAUGGUCGCUCAGUGGAACUUUUAAUGCUGAGAAGCCUCCCACGUGGUGACUACUUGGUGCCGCUUUUCAUCGGAGACAAACAGGGACUCUCCCAGAAGCAGAUUGUCCAUGUGAGGGUCUGUUCCUGUCCCGGUGGGUUCACAUGUGCAGAGCCCUCCGUCGCGGGAGCUGGGCUCCUCCAGGGGGUGCUGGCCUCUCUCUGUGCAGCGUUCAUAGCUCUGGCAGCCGCUCUGCUUUUCCUGCUGAGAUGCUAUUUUGUGUCUGGCCAGAGGCAGGGACGCUCUGUCCCACGUGAGGAAGGCAUCCAGACCCUGAUCACGUGGAACGACGAGAGCGGAGCCGCCCCUGUCCAGGAAAGGUCAUACAUCAGGGAUCAGAUGUCAGCCCUGUCCAUCAACACAGCCGAGGCGGGCGCCAAGCUGGGCGCUAAGGGUCGUGGCAUGUUUUUUGAUCCAAGAAGUGUGAGAAACAAAUACCCUCCUCCUGUUUACCUGGAUACUGUGGUGCCCAAAGGACCCAUGGAAGUGAGGGUACGAGCGAUGGCAGGGAUGCUGAGUCAGCAGCUCGGUGGUGCUGACGUCCCCAAGGGAGACCCUGGUUACCCACCUCACGUCUACGCAGAGGAGGGCAAGUGUGAGCGAGCAGAGACCCGCAGUUCUCUCGCCUUCUCCGAACAUGACCUGUCGCCCGACUUGCUGGACUCUUUGGGGCCAAAGGCUGCUCCACUCGAAGAAAUAUAUUCUGAGUCAGCUUUGCGAAAUAUGCAAGGUUCUUUAGAAGAAAGGCUGAGGGAGAGCAGGAAGGGGACAGGGCUCCUGGUGACCUUUGUCCUGGCCCAGAAGCCUCUGGCUCAGACUAGAGUAGCAGUUCUCAAAGCAGGGUGCCCCUGGCCCAGCAGCAGUGGCGUCACCCAGGAGCUCCUUAAAGUGCACAUUCUGAGGCCCAGCCCCGGAUCUACAGGCUCAGAAACCAGGGUGGCACCAGCGCUCUCUGUGUUAGCAAGCCCUCCCGAGGGCUCUGAUCCUCGGAAGUCUGAGAACGAUGGCUGA